CUACAGAAGGACUUGUGCCUCUGUGUUUGCUUGAAAAUGAUCUGAGUCUGGCUGUGCUCCAAGGCUGUGAGCGUGUGAGCGAAUGUGCAGAAGUGAACCCCGGGGGCACUUGUAUAACACUUUCUUCUCCCACAGAGUUGUGCUUCACACUUCUGGCGUCUCACUGUCAGCAGCAGCGGUUUCCGCCCUUCUCUGUUUCCUUUUGGGGAGCCCUCGUGCUGGGUUGGCUCCCCCACAGCCCUCAACUUCUGCUUUCCAAGCCUCCCUCCUGACCAGCCCCCCCAGCCAGUCAGUUGCACUUCCUUUCUCUCUACCACUCCAAAGAGACACAGACACAUGUGCACACCUACACGCACAGAGGCAGAGUGACCACUGAUGUUUGAGAGAGUGACCUACGCCGAUCUGCAGUUUGCAGGAAGCCGUCAGGAGAAAAGCCCUGGGGAAGAGCCGGACGAAGGGGAGCUCACCUAUGAGAACCUCCAGGGACCCCGGGCACAGGGGGAUUUGCCUCCCAGAGCCACCCAGGGGGGCAAAGACCAGAGUCUUCCUCAGGAGACCCCCUUCCAGACAGGGGUGACUGCAGCGGCCCAGGGGCUCAACACCCGGAAGCAGCAGCCUGCUGCCAGGACACAGAGUGCCCUUGUCCGGGGGCGUCAGGGCUGCGCAGGAUGUCCGGAGUGGUGUGUUCCUCCGUCAGGGUGGAGCUCCCGGACCAGGGGUGUGGCCUUGGGAGUUCUGGGCAUCGGCCUCUUUCUUCUCUCCAUCAUCAGCGUCAGUCUUGGGGUGCAAUACUUGCAGGCCUCCCGGCAGCUCCAGCAAGCCUCCCGAGACCAUACAGCUGAGCACCACGUCCUGCAAGCCAGCCUGGAGGAGAGCCAGUACCUGCUGCACUUGACUGAGGAGGAGCUCAACUCCACCAGGGUGGCCCUUUGGCAGAGUCGGGUGGCCGAGAACCAGACCCGGCGGCAGCUGCAGCACCAGGAGCGGCUGCUGGACCAAACCAACCACAGCCUGGCUGUCUUGCGGAGCGAGAGGGAGAGCCUGAAGGCCAACCUCAGCCACGCCACCUCCUGCAGGCAGAUUGGCUGCUGUCCCAAGGGAUGGAAGCUCUUUAGGUGGAAGUGUCUGUGGAUUUCUGAUACAUGGAGUACUUGGGACAGCAGCAAACAGGUCUGCAAAUACACUUCUUCUCAGCUGCUUAUUCUGAAGGAGUCCUGGGAUGCUCAAGACAUCUGGUCCUCCGGGAGCUUUGAACAAUCAAAUCAUUACUGGAUUGGCCUAAGAAAAGAAUAUAGUACCUUUCGCUGGGUUGAUCAAUCCCCUGUCAUUGGAAUUUCAGACAUGGUGACCUUUGCUAUUUUCUUUCUGCAACUACCUCAUUGUUGGCUCACUGCCAGCUUGCUGGCCCCCCAAGUCUCCCUGAUCCUUCCUGCGCUUCCUGCGGCACACGAUCCUCGCCCCAUCUGGUGGUCCAGCGCUGAGACUUCAACCGGAGGCUACACCCUGUCCAAAUGAGACCCUCCCUAAACUCCCAGGAAGGAGGAGCGCAGGGGGAGCUGCCCAGAGAGGAAGCAUUUCCACUCUUCGCCAAACGUGGCCCGUCAGGAGACCCUUUGCACACCCAAGCUUGACAUCCCCUCCCAGCAGGAUCCAGAGCUGUCAGCUUGGCCCUUACUUGGAAGGAGAGAGGGCGCCCACCUUCCCCUUCCAGGGAUGCAACUGUCAGCAGGCAGAGAAGGCCUGGCUACCCGGGUUGGGUCUCCCCCAGAUGGUCUCUGGUCAGAAGAGGGAGGAAGGGGGUGCCUUGUCCCCCCCACAGCUCCACAUCUUUAGUAUAGCUUUUCCCAGCUAGCCCCCCCCAACCUAGCCCUUGAGAUGGUCUGGGGUGCAAUAUACACUCCCAGAUGUCCCCCCGACUGAAUCUCUCCCCCCCCCCCUCAGUCUUCUGGGUUUCCUUCCCAAAACAAACCACAAAGCCUCGUGGUUCCUGGUCUCUGCUUCCCCGAUUCUCGUUUCAAAGAAAGCCUUUUUGCCCUUUUAGGGGGCUUCACCCUCAUUGUUCUGGGCAGUUCAUGGAGACAAUGUUGUCCAUGCAGCCCUUGAUGCCUCCACCCACCACCGCCCCUUGGUGACCAAAAGCAAAAUCUCCAGUAGUUACAAACUGGGAGGGCAAUAAUUUAAUCCCUGGCCAGCCCCCUCCUCCAGGGGUUCCCCAAGGAAAGAGAAAUCUGCGCAGCCCCCAGCCAUCUGCUUGGUUUGCAUAGCUGGGGGGGGGGACAUCUUGGAUUAUUGCAAUGUGCUCUUCAUGGGGGCUACCCCUGAAAAGUGUCCAGAAGCUUCAGCUCCUGCAAAAUGAGGCUUUACAAUGCAAGCUGCAUUGGGUAACAGCUUUACAAUGCAAGCUGCAUUGGGUGCCAGUUUGCCUCCUUGUCCAAUUCAAGAUGUUGGUUGUGACCUAGAAAGCCUCCCAUGUCCUGGGGUCAGGUUAUCUAGGAAGCUGUUUGUUAUAUCAUCUGGUCCCACCUGGCGAGGCAGGGAAGAUACAUUGCAGAUCCCAUGAAUCAAAGAACUCCAAGGGGAGUCCAGGAAGGGAGACUUCUCUGCUGUUAUCCCCCUCCCCAUGGAAGAUUCGCUUCUUCGGAGAUGAGACAAGUCCCCCCCCCCACUCUCCUGGCCUUCCCUAUGUCAAUGCUGCUAACAUCGGAUGUUCUUGCUUUGACAACAGACGGAAAUGUAGCCAUCUUUUCUCUAUCACUUUUAGAGUUUGUUGAUGUUGG